CUGUGGACGGCGGGUAUUAAAAGAGGCAGCGAGAGACUGCGGAACGGGAGGCAGAAGAGAGAAAGCUGCACCCCGACAGACAGCGAGCUUUGUUGUCCGCAAACGCGUGCGAACAUCAGAGGCGACGCCAUGUUUGAAAGGCUUAAAAGUGAGGAUUAUCAUGGCACACGCGUCAACGUGGGCACGCGUCAACGUGGGCCCCCGGCGCCUCAGGAGUUGGCCCUUCUACUGCAGCUCCUCAGCUUCGAUGAGUCACUCACCAGGAUGCAGCAGGAAACGGUGCAUGUCUACUGCCACCUUUCCUGGCUUGAAAGAUCCAACGGCGCUGCCAAAACAAAACUCAAAGCUUCAUGUUCUGCCAAACAAAUUGCGAGUGGAGACGGCAGCGAGGAUGCUGGCAGCGCUUACCACCGCAUCAGCAUCACGGGUGAGACAGACAGCACAGCGGGGCAAGAGCCAGUCCCCGUAUGCAUCCGCUAUGACAGGAGAGUGGGUGAGCGAGUUGAGUUCUGCGUUACCACCCGCAGAGAUGAGGAUGGCGACUACAGCGGCGCUCUGAUAGGACAGGCCGCCGCUGUGCGGAUGGAUCCGGCUCUACUUCGUGAGAGGGAACUGUUCAAGAAGAGAGCUCUUUCCACUCCAGCCGUCGAGAAGAGGCAAGCCGCAUCUGAAUCCCAUAAGAAAAAGAAGCCCAAGCUAGACAAGGAGAGCUCCUCUGGGUCUAAACACACUACUGGGGAGGCGGGAUGUGACAGAAUUUCUUGGAAGAUUGCAUGUAUCCUGGGACAGUGCGAUAAAGGUUGA